AUGCUGAAGUUGUCUUCAACUAGUGCAACAAAUAGCACCCACGGUACAGCCGACCCGCUCAAUUUGAUCCAUAUCGCAGCCGAUUUCAAGGACAAGAUCGUGUUUGACGGACUGCUAGCGAUUGCAACAGUGUCGACACAUAGAUUUAUUGUCGUGGCCAUGGCUGUCAUUUGCUUCAUAGUUAGCAGCACCUUUCCCGAGUAUCGUACUGCACGCGAGGAAAGCAGCUCUGAAGUGAAUGUCAAAGAUUCCUCUAACGGGCCAUACUAUGCCGUCAUGGGUGCUGCGACUGUGGGAUUCGCCUUCGGCCUGAUAUCCGCGCUUUGGCAGCAUAUCAACAGCAGCGCUACCGCUUCUAUGGCCGAAACCCUCAAUUACGGUCUAGUUGCCGGUGAUGUUGGAGCCGCCGCGAUGGCACUUGGGUGGAUUGGAGUAGCACUGGUUGGUCUGGUUGACUUGGGGCUUUUAUUCAAGCUCCUAAGGAUUGAUCGUGUUCUUCAUUUGAUGAGUGAUGCGUGA